AGAAAAGGCGACUUUCUGUCUCACAUCGCCGCAAAGACAAGCGCAAAAUAUGGACAUAGACAUGGAAGAUGCAGCAUCUCGAGCUGCUUCAUGGCGUGACAGGCCGAGUUGUCGUGGACAAUCCAAUGUACAACGUGGUAGUGCAAGGUACCACAGCUGCAAGGUCGUCGGGUGAGCCCACCACGAACCACACAAGGCAUUCGACGAGUCAGUCUCACGGGUCUGAGACUGACUCCGACUCUGGUUGGACAGAGAGACCUCUCGACAGAGUUUGUGCAGCAAGGUGUCGAACACAACGACAUGCUAGUAGUGCUUUGUGCUGUAGUGUGCCCUUUCGGCCAUUGCCAUCGAUCGUCAUGCAAAGAGAUCACAGCUCCAUCAUAUCGACCACAUCAAAAGCGAGGAUGCGCCUGGAAGUGGAAUAUUAAUAUACCUCGUGGUUUUAUAUGCUUACGAAACUGGAAUAUAAUGUUUAGGCAACCAGCAUACAAAACACAAGAGUAGUGACUAUUUCCUUCAAAAACGCGCCAAGAAUCGUUGGAUUGGCUUUCAGGAUUAUCCCGCGCCGCCGAUGGAUUGGGGAUGCGUGAACUGUUCGUACGAGAACACGGCCCUGGCCCCGCGCUGUGAGAUAUGCAGAUCAAGCCGCCCAGCUACGACGCAUGCCGAGGACAUGCCAGCGAAGAAGCGGCCACGAGUCACGCCCACGGCGGCAAAAGGGAAGAAAAAGGGUGGGUGGAAGCCAACGGUGGCUGCGUUUCAAGAGGACGAGCGAAUGCUGGCCAAGAAAUUGAGCCAAAUGCGCGACUGCUUGGGAGAUGCAACUGUCGACGACGAGCAGCUGAAGCAUCUGCUGAAGAAGAACGCUGGGAGUGUGAGCUUUGCGAUUGCGUCGUACUAUGACACCAUGGCGCGAACGGAAGCCAAGGCGACGAAGAACGACAGUCAGUAUUGGAUCAACCAGAUGGACUACUCGGAUUACUACCUUGGUGUGUGCACGGUGGAAGCGCACGUCACUCGUCGCGACGACGGCGCGCUACGAGCUGGCGCGCGGUAGGUAGUACAUGUGCUCUCGAUUCUUUGCAUCUUGUUCACGAUGUAGGUACAUACUGUAGGCUCAACCUUCAAGUUGAAGGUUCCAUGCUGCGUAUCAUGAGUCUUAAAGGAAUCGUACUGGGUCGCAUCGACGAAGCGUGGGAAAGCAUGGUGCAGCCCCUCAUCAAUUGGAAGAUGAUCAAGGUCGGCGCGAACGUGCUGGACGCCCCCGCGCACACGACCGUCUUCUCGCGGUUCCAGCUGCAGGUCCAUGUGUUUGCCGCGCCAUUGGUGUGGAAUGCGCUCCAUUUCCAGGAGACCAUGGCGUCGGCGACGGUCAAAGAGCACCUGUUCCAGCUCAUGGACGUCUUGCACAACAAGCACGUGGUCACGCCGACGUCGGCCAUGAAGCUGCCGGGGGACACGAGCGACAAGAUCAGCGCCGACGCGAACGUGGACGCGCUGUACGCCACUGCGGCCACCGUCGAAUCGCGGUACGAGUCUGCCCAAGUGCAUGCCAAACUGCACGGGAUUACGCUGCGGUCUUAUCAAGACCAGGCGCUGCAGUGGAUGCUCCACCGAGAACUGUACGAGGACACAUCCAGCGACGGGAGAACGAUCGGCCUCGCGCUGCGAAUGAAUGCAAAGCAAGCCAGCGCACACGAGCCAGAGAUUCACCCGCUGUGGGAUAAGCGAGAAUGCACCCAUGGCCAUAACCAGUUCCCGACGCCGUACUACAUCAACACAUUCGAACGCCUCGUGUCACUUCAAAUUCCGCCUCCGCCUCGUCCUUGUCUGGGCGGCAUCUUAGCCGAUGAUAUGGGCAUGGGCAAAACCAUCAUGAUUCUCGCGCUUGUGGUGGCUCGUACUUCUGUCUACAUGGCCGACCGUCGAUCAUUAAAGGCCAAGUUCCAUGACGACGAUCAUACUGGCAAGACCAAACCCGACUCUGUCCAAGGCAAGACGUUGGUCGUGUGCCCGCUGAGCUUGCUGCAUCAAUGGAAGCACGAGUUUGAAACACGGGCGCCGUCGCUGUCUGUGCUCGUGUACUACGAAAACAAAAAGCUCCAAAGCCAGGAUUUGUGUGUCUGCGACGUGGUUCUGACCACGUACGGCGUCGUCAGCAGCGAGUUCGAGCACAAGAGCGUCAUCCACAACGUGUCAUGGACCCGCUUGAUCCUCGACGAAGCGCAUUCAAUCAAGAACAAGACCACGACAUACUUCAAAGCGUGCAGCGCCAUCACGGCCACGCAUCGAUGGUGCUUGACGGGCACCCCGAUUCAAAACUCGCUCGACGACAUGUUGGCCCUGCUCACGUUUCUUCGCUAUGAGCCGUGGAACAAAGUCGAGUGGUGGAAUCGAGUAGUGGCCCAGCCGUAUGAAAAAGGCGAACACUGCGCACUCGUGCGCUUGAAGGCUAUUUUGCAGCCGAUUCUGCUGCGCCGGACCAAGGCGUCACGAGACCCCGUGACGAACCAACUGAUUGUGCAAUUGCCGCCCAAGUCCAUUGAUAUUGUCCGCUUGGCAUUUUCCCCCGAGGAGCGCCAGUUCUACCAAGCCGUAUACACGAAAAGCCAGGGCGAUUUCUACGGAUACGUGGCCAGCGGCACCGCGGGGGCGAGUUAUGUGGCCAUUUUCGCGCUGCUUCUGCGCCUCCGACAAGCAUGCGACCAUCCGUUUCUGGUCGUGGGCAAGGACACGGACCUGUCACUGAAGAAGGCAAAGCCACCACCGGCAACUCACGACGGUCAGACCAAGGAAGGGUACUAUGCCGACUUGAGCGCGGCCAUGAUGCAGACGAGUAGUUGUUCGCAGCAUCCCCCCCGAGAAGAGCUGUACAUCAAGAACCGGAUUUUGGAAAUUCAAGACGAAGGGCUCGAGUGCCAGGAGUGCCCCGUGUGCUUGGACGUGCCCGUGGCGCCCGUGCUCACGCCUUGCGCGCACCUGAUGUGCCACGCCUGUGUGGUGGCGUUCUUAAGCAACGGCGGUUGCUGCCCAGUGUGUAGGGCCCACAUCAGCCCCGACCAACUGAUCCGAGUCGACCCCCCGGACAAACCAACGACAGGCGACAAUCCCCCCGACGACGACGACAACGGCACCGCACCUUUGUGGGCUGGAAGUGCCAAGUUGACGCAACUCGUGGUGGAUUUGAAUUCGAUUGAAGCGGGGCGAAAGGUCGUGGUGUUUUCCCAGUGGACGCACAUGCUCGACUUGAUCCAAUCCACAUUGCACCAACACGGUACAGUAGGAUAAGAUACCGUUACUAGUAGUAAUACUAGUCCGUCGUCCAUCCCCUCGAUACGAGAUUGAUCCUAUGACUUGCAGGGUAUACACAUUGCCGGUUUGACGGGUCGCUCAAGCAAGAUGACCGGGAAAAGGUACUGCAUCGGUUCAACACACAGCCGGACGUGCAAGUGCUCGUGAUUUCCCUGAAAGCGGGCGGCGUCGGGUUGAAUUUGACGGCGGCGUCGGUCGUGAUCAUGAUGGAUCCGUGGUGGAACCCGGGCAUCGAGGACCAAGCGAUCGACCGCGUACACCGCCUCGGCCAGACGCGCGACGUGCUCGUCAAGAAGUACAUCGUGGAGGGGACGGUGGAGGACAUGAUCCUGACGCUGCAGCAGCGAAAGGCCACGCUCGCGUCCACAGUGUUGGCUACGUCCAAAGCCGGCGCAGACAACGACUGGCGGUUGAGUCUGGCAGACUUGCUGACAUUCUUUGCCUAACAGUUAAUUCGAACAUUUUGUGAUCAUGUGA